GGUCAUUUUGUGUAGGAGGAGCGAUGUGUUUGCAUGUGCUCAGAAAAUUCAUAACGAUUUCUUCUCUGCCUCUGAAUCUGAUGAAGUUCUCGCCACUGCACUUCGCUUUUGUUUGUCCCUUCCGUAGCCCUAUUUUUUUUAGCCGCCGGUGGUUUUCAAUAGCGACUGUCACAUUCACACAGCCUAGCUGCGCCAGUGUAUUAAAUGCCAGUUGCCAUUUGAAGUUUCUUGUGAAGAAGUUGUGGAGUGACUGUUGGAGUGUUGGAAUUUUGUUGGAAUAUAAUACUGAACUUCAAAUAAUUGAGGAAGUUAAUAUUGGUCUGUUUGGUCCAAACUUUGGAUGUGACAGUCACUGAUCGUUUGGCAGUUUUCAACUUGAGAGGGGAAUUUAAUUCAGGCUCGAUAAAAAUAAAUUCCUAGAUUGCUUUUCAUUCAUUAAUUUAGAUAAAUUGCAGGAUUGUUAAGAACAAUGCCAAAUUUUGCAAAGUUGGGCAGCGGGAUCAAGUCGAAGGGCAAGGUGAAAAUCCUGUCUCUACGAUUAAAGAUGGGUGGAACGGAAAGCAAGUCAAUAAAUGGUGAUAAACCAGAUGAAGAUGAUCAGUACCACACUCCAAUCGCUAACCGGCGAGUCAAAACAUUGAUUGAUCCUCGAUCUCCGUCCGAAGACGUCCAGCGUACUCCCAUGCAGAGGACCGUCAAUGAUGACUCUGAGUUUCAUGAUCCACGUUCACCGACGGUUGCUAGGACUCCUGUUCCCGAUGAUUCUGAUCCAAGGUCACCCUCUGCAGGGAGAGAACCAGGGCCUUUUGUCUUUCCAGUUGCUUCCUCGGAUCCAAGAUCUCCAACGAGGACAGUUGCUAGGACACCGAUUGCCAAAGAUGCUCCUUUGGGAUCAAGCAUGGAAACAGUUACUGUCCAUCAAGCUGAUACCAAGGAAGAACCGUGUGAAAAUACCACCAGCAAUAAUAACCAAGACAAUGAUACAAUCGCAAAAUCCUCUUCUGUUCUAGAAGACCCGGAACCUGGGGUUUUCCAGAUUGAUUCUGAAAAGGAUCAGCUAGUGGUCGAUGAUGAGGAUGAUGGUCCUAGCUCGGAGGAACAGGAGACACUAAAAACUGAACUUGUGAAGUCAGACACCCCUGAAUAUGAAAUGGAACUGUCAAAUAUGAUGGAAAAGCAGACAUUAGCCAAUGAGGAGACUGAAGAACAGGACCAAGCAACUUUGGUUCUCUCCGACAGGGAGUUGAUCUUCCUAGCUGAGUCACCGCUAUCAUCUUCCAAAGUCAAGAAACACAGCAUCCGUCGUUCCCUCAAGGACAAGUUCAUCUCCACCACCACCAGCCAGCGAUCGCCCCUCUCUACCAGGAAUCUUCUUGAAGACUCCCCCAACCCAGCCCAUCGGCCAGCCCUCCGCCAGCAGGGGGGCUCAACCCAUAAAGUGGGUGUGGCAUACCAGAAAGCGGGGACGAGGCGGAGGCUGACCGAGGGGAAUCAGUACGCUGUCCAGAGUGUGGGGAGCAGGUACCAGCCAGUUCCUGAUAAAGAGAACAUUUGAGAGACAUUUCCUACGUGUACUUCACUUUUUCCAUCUCUGUUCAGAAUCAGGUCAGUGUUUUAAGAGGAAGCCAAACUGAUUUUUAAUAAUCAGUGCACCUUAAGUUUGGAACACCUGGUCAUUAAUUCAUGUCCACAGAUUGUAUGCUAUACAGUAUGUACAUGUUCCCAUUAUCCAUAACACUUUGUUGGAUUUCUAAUCAUUUACCAGCAAUUGAGCUGAGCAUCUACAUGUAUAGGGAGUUUUUCUCUUUUUUUUUUUUUGAAAAUGCACAUUUGACAUUUGAUGAUGUCUUAGCCACCAAGUCCAAGUAUGAGUUGUACAGCCAUAUGAUUAAUGUUCCAUUUUACUGAGUGCCUGCAAAUUCAUAUUUCUACAAAGCUUUAAUCCUGGAAGUUUCUUUGUAAUGUUGGAUCUUGACUUCCCUAUCUCAAAUAUAAAGAAGCUACAUGUAUUGUUAAUAUACAAAGCCUGUUUGUGCUUUUAAUUAUGCUCAACACUUACACACGCAGGAGUUUUCUCUUUUAUCACAUUCUUGAGUUUGUCAUCUUUAAAGAA